AUUGAUAUCAGUGGUCUUCGGAGAGGAUUCUGUGACCUGUACAUUGUAAUCUGUGGUGAUAUGUGUUUCUGUAAGCGGUGGUGGCCUGGAAUGUGUGUUUUAUAAGCAUUUUAAGAUUAAGGUUAGCUUGUUAAAAGUACUCCCCAGAGUGGCAUUUAUAAUUAUGUGUAAUUUUGGGAUUUGAAAAGAGUUAUAUAAUGCCCUGGAUUAUUUAUAUGAUAUUGAUAAACUCCAGAUAACGAUUAAUUUAGAUAAUAUGACUGAUGACUGGAGCGUUUGGAAUGAUCUCUCAAGUCUUCCAGCAGAUCCUCCAAAAAUGAGACUAAUAUGCAAUAGGUGUAGACGCCCAGCCAAAGUAUGUUGGUGCACCUACCUUCCUGCUUCUCCACUGAAUACACAGUGUCGUAUAAUUAUUUUGCAGCAUCCGGCAGAGCAGCGAAGAUGUCUUGCCACAGUGCCAAUGUUAUCCCUUGGCCUUGCACCAGGAAGAUGCCUUAUUUUUCAAGGAAAAAAAUUUCCACAAAGCAGGCAUGAAGGGCUAGAAGAAAUUUUGGAGUCUCCAAAUUCUGUCCUUGUAUAUCCAUCAAAGGAUGCUGUGAAUAUAGAAGAAUUGCCACCUGUGUCUGAAAUAGAAGAUCCGUACAAUUUUAUUCUGAUCGAUGGAACUUGGCCUCAGGCAAAGGCAAUUUAUCACAGUACUCCACUGUUACACAAACUGAGACAGAUUAAGCUUGUAACGGGAAGUACAAGUGAGUAUGUGAUCCGCACGCAACCCACAGAUGGCUGCCUGUCAACACUGGAGACAGCAGCAGAAACUUUAGCAGUGAUAGAAAGAAAUAAUUAUAUAAAAAGUAAAUUAUUACAACCAAUGUUAGCUCUUUGUGGCUUUCAGUUGGAUCAUGGAGCAGUUACACAUCAGAGCACUGAGUAUAGAAUAAAACAUGACACAUAUCCAAAGCAAAUUGGCAAAAGACUUAGUAAGUUACUGAAGAAAUGUUGAAUAGUGGGAAGAAGUCUGAUUCAUUAAAAGAUGUAAAUUAGUUGAUAUGGGGAAGUUAUCUGUUGAAUCUUCUUUCCUUAUUUUAUACAUAAUAAAAGAUGUUAAUUAUAUUGAUAUAUAAAUAAUGUGAUGAUUAAUAUAAAAUUUUAAAAAAAAUGUUUGUAAAAUCAGUAUGAACAUCUCUGAAUAACAAAAUUCCACAAACAGUGUGUUUGAAAUGUGGAUUUUUCAACUAACCUUUAUUGGUUAUGUGUCACAGCUUAAAAGACACAUGGUUCAUUUGGCCAUGUGUUACAGUAAUGUUCUACUAAACUACUGAACUGUUAAACCUUGAAGUUAAAGUCUGUUAAAUUCUCUUUUACAUUAUAUUAAGGGUUAGCAUUGCUUCUUCAGGACUUGAAUUCUAUUUCUAAUUUAGUUUAGAAAAAUGAACUCUUGAGUAAUAACCCUAUUACAUUAAGCAUAAGAGACGAAGG